UAACGAACAUGGCUCGUCUGGUGUUGUGUGUCUUGGCACUGCUGGCCUGUGGGCUGGCAGAUCCUGUCCAUAAGGUGCAGCAAAAAAUUGCUGAUAAGGAAUUCCUGGAACAUCAAGUGGAUGUAUUGAACCUGUUCUAUCACAUCCACGAACCAAUUCACGAGCCUGAGCUGCAGCAUUGGGAUCAAUGGGACCUUAUCCAGAACAUCGAGAAAUAUACCAACGAAACUGCUGUCAAAUUAUACUGGGAAUUUAUUAAAUCCGAUGCGAUACUACCUCGAGGUGUACCGUUCUCAGUUUUGGAGCCCACGCACUUAUUCGAAGCUAAACUCUUAUACAAUGUUUUGUAUUCAUCUAAAGAUUUUAGCACAUUCUAUAAGACUGCAGUCUUUGUUAGAAACAAGGUCAAUGAGGGUCUUUUCGUGUACGUCCUGAGCGUUGUGUUAUUACACCAUCCGGGUACCCAAGGCAUUGUGAUCCCACCAAUUUACGACAUUUUCCCUUCGUACUUCCACAAUGCCCAAGUACUUACCACAGCGCAGAGAAUCAAUACUCAUGGCAAGCAAUGGAUUGAACAUUACCCAUCUACUUAUGUUUGGGAUGAGAAUGUUGUAAUAAGGUGGAACGAUACCGUAUGGCCCUACUUUACCGAUGACAACACUCUAACCUACUUCACGCAUGACGUUAACCUCAAUGCAUUCUACUAUAACCACAACUUGUUGUAUCCAUACUGGCUUGGAGGUGAAGAAACACCUUUGAUUAAAGACAGACGUGGUGAAUUCUGGUGGUUCUUACACAAGCAAAUUGUUACCCGUUACUACUUAGAAAGAUUGUCUAAUGGCUUUGGAGAAAUACCAGUGCUUGAUUUUAACUUGGUUAAACAAGGAUACGUUCCACAAAUAUCAUACCACAACGGUAUUCCAUUCCCUGUCAGGCCCAACCACUUCCAUCUUGAUCAACCUGAGUUUGUUGAAGCCAUCACUAAGAUUAUAGAUUAUGAACAUCGCGUUCGCGAAGCCAUUGAUCAAGGCUAUGUCGUCAAUCACGUCGGUGAGCACAUCAACAUCCACACUCCGGAGGCUAUUGACAUUCUCGGCCGUUUAAUAGAGGGUGGCAUUGAUUCUCCCAACCCCAAAUACUACAAGGACUUUAUCAGCAUUUGGAAGGCUCUUCUUGGAAACACUUUAUGGCACAAGCAACGCUAUCACAAUGACCAGGUUGCGCUUGUAGUUCCGUCGGUCUUGGAACACUAUCAGACUGCCCUUCGCGAUCCUGCUUUCUAUUCGAUUUGGAAACGCGUUCUUGAACUGUUCACUGCUUGGCACAAGACUCUUCCUUCUUAUGAUGUCCACAAAUUGAUAGUUCCAUCUGUUACCAUUAAGAGCGUCGAGGUAGACAAACUCGUAACUUUCUUUGAACACGUCUACCUUAACGUCACUAACCACCUGUAUUUGAACGAACACGAGAGUAAGGCAGUAGUCGAUGAUGUCAGCGUGUUAGUUCAACGUCCACAGUUGAACCACAAGGUAUUCACUGUACGUGUUAACGUUACCAGUGAGGAAGCGAAGACCGUUCUUGUUAAGUUCUUCUUGGCACCCAAAUACGAUAGUAACGGUGUCGAAAUUCCUCUGCAUGAGAACACUGAAAACUUCUACCUGCUGGAUAUUUUCCCAUACGAUUUACCUACCGGAAAUGUUGUCAUCAAGCGCGAGUCGACUGACAACUGGCUCACGAUCCGCAACUGGACUCCUGGAUACGAGGUCUAUGAGAAGGCUUACAAUGCGCUGCACGGCAAAGGACAAUUCGUCCUUGAUAAAACUCAUCGCCUUAACGGAUUCCCUGAUCACCUUCUUUUGCCUAAAGGUCGCGUUGGAGGUUUUCCAUUCGUUCUUCUGGUCCACAUUUCCGAAUUCCGACCGAGCAAGAUUCCGCAAGGCAGCAAUUUCGAUCCUAUCGUUUCCUACGGUCUCGGCUCCGGCGCUCGCUGGUUGAGCGACGAACCGUUCGGCUACCCAGUGGACAGGCCGCUGUACCAGUGGCAGGCUGACAAAGUUCCUAACCUUUACAUCCAGGACGUCCACAUCUUCCACAAACAUGUUCCUGAAGUGGAUGUGCCUCAAGUUGUUUAAGCGCAGUCGAUUUUAAUACUGAACUAUAAUUCCUACAUAUAUUUAUAUACGUUAUUAGUUUGUUUUAUGAAAACUUUAUGAUAUUACAAUAGCUAUAGUUGAGUUUGAAAAAAUGGACCUGUAUAUGUGUAAAAUACUUUCUUUUUUACCCAA